AUGAAGUUCGCUGCUGCCAUCACUCUUUUUGCUGCUUCUGCCAGUGCUUUCAGCCCUUUUGGUGUUGCUUCCAAGAAGGCUGCCACUGUGGCUGCACCUGCUUUCACUGUUGAAACUAUUCCUGGAGCUCUGGAGCCUGUUGGCAUCUGGGACCCUCUUGGUUUUGCGGCCAAGGCUGAUGAGAAGACUUUGAAGCGAUACCGUGAGGCUGAGCUUACACAUGGACGUGUUGCCAUGCUUGCUGCCAUUGGUUUCUUGGCUGGAGAAGCUGUUGAAGGAUCCUCCUUCUUGUGGGAUGCUAGUGUUACCGGUCCUGCCAUUUCCCACCUUGCUCAGGUCCCACCUCUUUUCUGGGCCUUGUUGGUUACUGGAAUUGGAGCUGCUGAACAAAAACGUGCUGAGAUUGGAUGGGUUGAUCCUGCUGAUGUUCCAGUUGACCAACCAGGCCUUCUCCGCGCUGAUUACACUCCUGGUGACAUUGGAUUUGAUCCCCUUGGAUUGAAGCCUGAGGAUCCUGAAGAGCUUUUGGUUCUCCAAAACAAGGAACUCCAAAAUGGAAGAUUGGCCAUGCUUGCGGCUGCAGGAUUCAUGGCACAAGAGUUGGUUGAUGGAAAGGGAAUCAUUGAGCACUUCAUGCACUAA